CUGUCUGUCAAAUGGAAAUAUCAGAUGAUAAAGAAAAUCACAAAAUAUUUUUGGAAAAUGACAGAAGGCAAAAAUCACCACAUGCUGUUGAAUCUCUGUUGUUGUUAGAUAAUACAUUAUUGUGUAAUAUAGAACCUGACAAUAGCAUAUUUGAUCUACAUACUUGCUCCGAAACGUACGAUUCUUCUCAGAAACACAAUGUCUCAGCGGCACAAGUUUCUAAAGGGCAGAUGCAAAAUACUAAAACUAGUUCAACUGUUCCAUCAAAAAUAUCACAAAGUGUAUCUCCCAACAUAAAUAAAUGGCAAGAUGAGUCAUUAAUGAAUCAAGUAUUUGCUCAAUUCGAAUUGCAGGAAGAAAAUGUUCUAAAGGAUUGUAGUAAUAUUAGUUUUGAUGUAUUUGAUACAUUUUGUAAAGAAGACACAAACUCUGAAUCAUCUAAUGUCAAUGAUCAAAGCAUUAAAAAAACAUCUUUAGAUGAAGAGAAUAUAAAUAUAUCAAGCCAAGAUAGAUUGGCUAAUAUAUCAUAUUUAUAUAUCACAAAUUUUGAUAAUGAUACUUUGGAAGAUAGCCAUUUUAAAGAUGUUGAUAAGUCACCAAUUUUAAAAUCCAAAUCUAAAAGUUUAAAUGAAUAUAAAAAACCAAGAAAACAACUAUGUUUAAAGAAUGUUGAAUUAAAAUCAAAAAAUGAAAAUAUUAAUUCUACAAAGUGUUCUUUAUUUUAUGAUUUGCCACAUACUGUGAAAAAAUUGAUUCAAGAAAUUAAGGGCAUUUAUGAGUUAUAUCAAUGGCAAGAUGAAUGUUUAAAGUUAGCUAUUAGAACUAAAAAGAAUUUAAUUUAUGCUCUACCAACAAGUGGUGGCAAAACUUUAGUUGCGGAGAUAUUAAUGUUCAGGGAAAUUAUAUGCAACAAGAAAAAUACAAUUUUUAUACUCCCAUAUGUGGCUUUGGUGCAGGAAAAGGUUCAAUCAAUGGCUAUAUUAGCAUUAAAAUUAGGUUUUCUAGUCGAGGAAUAUGCUGGUGCAAAAGGGCGUUAUCCACCAAUCAAACGGCGGAGAAAAAAUAGUAUUUACAUUUGUACUAUAGAGAAAGCUUUAGGACUUGUAAAUAGUUUAAUAGAAACAAAACGCUUAGCUGAGAUUGGUAUUAUAGUCAUUGAUGAGUUACAUUUACUUGGAGAGUCUGGAGGAAGAGGUGCCACAUUAGAAGGACUUCUUACAAAGAUAAUGUUCUUCAGUGAUACAAUACGUUUGAUUGGAAUGAGUGCCACAAUAGGUAAUUUAAAGGAAAUUGCACAAUUUCUCAAUGCAGACACAUAUUCCCAAAAUUUUCGACCAGUUGAAAUAACAGAAUAUGUGAAAUGUGAGAAUGACACUUGGGUAGUCAAUUUGAAUAAUGAAGAAUUAUUAGUACAUAUGGGCAGUAAUGAUUAUAAGUAUUCAGAUGAUAUAGCAAUGCUAGAUCCAGAUAGAAUUGGGGGUUUGGUAAUGGAAGUAGUACCAAACGAUUCGUGUCUUAUAUUCUGCUCAAGUCGUAAAAAUUGUGAAAAUGUGGCUUUAUUAUUAGCUAAAGUUUUGCCUAAAAGUUUGAAUAAUUACAAAGUAGAAAAAAAAAGAACUUUGUUAGAUGCGCUUAAAGCUGAAGAAGAUUUAUGCCCUAUUUUGUACAAAACUGUCAAAUAUGGUGUAGCUUAUCAUCAUUCUGGUCUUACAUCUGAAGAACGACGCUUGUUAGAAGAUGCGUUUAGAGAAGGUACUCUAUGUAUAAUAUGUUGCACAUCAACUUUAGCAGCUGGUGUCAAUUUACCAGCAAGAAGGGUAAUCCUACGUAGUCCUUAUAUUGGCAAUCAGUUCUUGAAUUUAAGUAGAUAUAAACAAAUGAUUGGCCGAGCUGGUCGUGCUGGUAUGGGAGUUUUAGGAGAAAGUAUACUUAUUUGCAAAAAAUCUGAGAUCAAUAAAGUGAAAGAUCUUUUGACCUCUCAAAUGGACGAAUCGCUGAGUAGUUUACACAUAGAAAAUGAUAGGGGGAUUAAUAAUUUGAUUCUAAGUGCAAUACAAUUAAACAUGGCAACAACUAGGUCUGAAUUGCAUAAAUUGACAGCUGCAACUUUGCUUAAUAUUCAACAAAAUAGAAUAGGCAUUAAUAUGAAAACAAUCACAGACGAAACAAUAACGUUGUUAUCAAAAUGUAGCGUGAUAAAAGUAAGGGAAAAAAAUAAGAGUUGUAAUACUGGUAAUCCUAAUAUAACUGUUGUCAUUCCAUCUCAAGAACCAAUGUAUAUGGAAAAACUAUCAAUUAAAAAAGGAAUAAAAACGGUCAUUUUUACAAAUGAAACUGAGUUUCAACUCUGUGAUUUGGGACAAGCUGCAAUGAAAGGACCAAUUGAUUUAAAAACUGCACACACAUUAUAUGAGGAUUUAAAAACAGCUCAAAAGCAUUUAAUUUUAAUUGAUAAUCUUCAUCUCUUAUAUCUUGUUACACCUUAUGACAGUAUAUCUCAAAUUACUCUCAUUGGCAAUAUAUAUUAUAAUGUGGUAAUGGACUUGAGUGAAAGUCAAAUGCAAAUAGCUAGGCUUUUGGGAAUAACAGAAGCUGUAGCAAAUAAAUUACGUGAUGGUAUAAUGCCAAAGUCUGUCGAGAAGAGGGUGGUUCAUAGAUUUUAUGUGACUUUAAUAGUGUAUGAAUUGUGGAAUCAUCAUUCAGUUUAUUCUGUUGCCGAAAAAUAUCAGGUUAAUAGAGGUGUUAUACAAAAUCUUUUAAAUGCAGUCUCAAUGUUUGCAUCUUCUGUAGUAAGAUUUUGUCAGGAACUACCUGAGUUUUGGGCAUUUACUGAGAUGUUGAAUACAUUCAGUAAAAAAUUAUCUUACUGUUGUCCGUCAGAGUUAGAAACAUUGAUGGAAUUACCUUCAGUUAAAAUAGGUAGAGCACGCCAAUUAUACAAGGCUGGCUAUCAAAAUUUACAAUCUAUAGCGAAAGCUGAUGUAAGAGAGAUAAAAGAAAAAAUUCCAUAUUUAAGUAAUAAAAUGAUCAUGCAAAUUAUUGCUGCAGCAAAACUUUUAAUAUUGCAAAGAGCAGAGGAUUUAAAAGAUGAGUGGGAAGAUGUCCUAGAUGGUAUACGUAUGAGUCAGAUAGAAGUAGAUCUAUGAAUUCUACAU